GCUGACGAAGAAUUUAAUAUUGAAAAGGCUAAGCUUGUGCGCCAAGAAUCUAUCAAUAUUGAAGCCACUUUUCAAAGAAAGAUUAAACAAGCAGAAGUUCAAAAGAAAAUUGCACAGUCGAACCAUAUCAAUAAAUCACGCCUCAAGGUUCUUCAAGCACGUCAACAAAUGCUUGAUGAACUUUUUUCAGAAACUCAAUCUCAACUCAAGAAGAUUUCUCAAGAUAGGGAUUCAUAUCGCAAUUUAUUGAAAGAUUUGAUAUUACAAGGACUUUAUCAAUUAAUGGAUGAAAAUGUAACAAUUACCGUCAAGAAAUCAGAAUUGGAUCUUGCUCAAAAUGCCAUUAAAAUUGCCUCCAAGACUUAUAUGGAUACAACUCACUCAUCAGUGAGUAUUGAAAUUGACGAUAGCUUACCAGAAGAAAGUGCUGGAGGUGUGAUUUUGUCAUCUCAUUUUGGCCGUAUAAGGAUUAAUAAUACACUUGAGAAACGAUUAUCCUUAGCUCAAGAAGAGAUGCUUCCGGAGAUUCGCGUGUUACUUUUUGGUCCGUCACCAAAUAGGAAAUUUACCGAUUAA